CUCUGAACAGGUAUCCUAUUGCUUCCGUGAUUUAUUGACACGACAAAACGAUCAACAGAUAUACCUGCUCUGUUUUCAAUUCGUUGCUUGAAUCAUGUCAUCCCUCCGAUCUCUUGCCCAGAGCAUUUUGGACAAUGUCGACGUCAUUGAGAGUUGUCUGGAAGCCAAGGGCUGCCCACCUCCCUCAUGGGAUGUGAACGCGCAAGAUUGGCUGUCCAAUGCAGACUCAAGAGAUUUGAGAAAAUCUCGGGAAACAGUCCUAUCAGCAACAAAGGAGCUGCACGAUCUGCUGAUCGGACCACGAGAACUCAUCCAAGUCAUGGGCGAGCAUCACAACGACUUGAUCAGUUCGCAAGCUAUCAUUCGAUAUGGGAUCGCAAACCGGAUUCCCAUUGACAAGAAAAUCUCCUAUGCUGAGCUUGCUGCCUCGUGUGGCAUACACGAGCAUGUUGCUCAACGGCUUCUCCGCCAUGCCAUUCUGAGAAGACUCUUUAUAGAGCCCCAACCUGGAAUGGUUGCUCACAAUGCUGUCUCCAGGGUUCUUCUCGAAGACGAGCAGAUGCGUGACUUCCUUGCCGUCUCGGUGGAAGAUCUUUGGCCAGCCGCUACCAAAACUGUUGAUGCACUUCAGAAAUGGCAAAAGUCGGAUCUCCCGCAUGAGACGGGGUUCACGUUGGCAAAUAACUCGACUUCUUCUAUCUACCACGUCCUGGCCGCGGAGCCCAACCGGGGUAUGCGGUUCGCAAACUCGAUGGGUGCAUAUAGCGCGAAUCCAACAUACAGUGCAGACCAUGUGCUGAAAGGGUAUCCUUGGCGCUCCCUCCCACCAGCUGCCUCCAUUGUCGAUAUCGGUGGUUCGCAUGGCUCCAUCCCAAUUGCAUUGGCGAAAGAAUUUGGUGAUAUCAACUUCAUCAUUCAGGAUCUUCCUAUGAUCAUUGAAUCGGUUCCCGCACUUCCGGAUGAAGAAUGGGCCAGCCGUGUGAAGUUUAUGUCGCACGACUUCUUUACUGAGCAACCAGUCAAGGACGCGGAUAUUUAUUACUUCCGAUGGAUCAUGCACGGGUAUGCAGAUAGCAAUGCCGCGCAACUUUUGAAGCACUUGAUCCCCGCUUUGAAGCCUGGGGCACGAAUCUUAAUCAACGACUAUGUUCUGCCGGAACCUGGGACUGUUUCGUGGUGGAGCGAGACGAGAGCACGGGUAGUUGACAUAACACAGAUCGAGAUUUUAAAUUCCAGGGAACGAGAACUCGGCGAGUGGAAGGGGUUGUUCGCAAUGACGGACCCGCGAUUCAAAAUGUUGAAUGCAUGGACGCCUGAAGGCUCUGCUCUUGGGUUCAUCGAAGCUGUCUGGCAGCCAGAGGAAACAAAACCCGUGGAUAUGUAGCUCACUCCAGUGACACUUGAGGGUCCGUCACAUUGGGCAAGGGGUGCAGCGUGGCUUGCGCCACGGAACUGUCCCACACUGCAGUCACCUCUCUAAUUUGACGUUCCAUAUCUGAUAAUGCCAUGGCA